CUGACCGCGAGCCUGUUGAUUUUAUAGCUUUGUUUUUUGUUGCAUUUUCCCACGGCCUCAGUUUUUUAUUCAGCUGUUGUUCGCUUGUAUUUUCGUAAAAAGUUUUUGCGAAUUUCGCAUCAUAAAAUUAAAGUUUGGAAAUUUACAGUAUUUUUAAAGUAUAACAAUGAAAAAGAAAGAUGAUGCUGAAUGUCUGAUAAGUGUCGAUUCCAGUGAUGAAGAAAACACGUUAUCAAAACAAAAGGAAUCGGAUAGUGAUAAAAUAAAAGUUGAUAAUUCUUUUGUUCCUUUGCGUAAGGCUACGACUAUAGAGGAUGAUGACGAGCCGCCGGCACUUACAAUGAGCGAUGUGGAACCAAGUUCAUCGGCGCAAAUUGUUCCUCAGACGCAGGGAAAUGGAAUAGGACGAGAUUCUAUAGCAGUGGGAGCUGAUGAUGUUCUAUCUGCUAAUGAUGUAGCUAAUAAUGAGCGAAGCACUGGCGGUGGCGCAACUGAACCGACUGCUACAACACGUACUCGAGUAGCUACUAAUAACACCACCGCCCUGAGAGACGACGUCUAUGAGAGCUUGGAUUACGAUGUAUGCGAUAAUGUGCUAUUCAAAGAGGCUCAAAAGCGUACAGAUAAUGCGCGCUUCAGCAUUCGCAAAGACAUCUUACGUUGGAUAAUAUUUAUAAAAAUUGGAGUUGUAACCGCCCUAAUUGCUUGUGCAAUUGAUAUACCCAUCGAAGAAUUGUCGGCUGUAAAAUACACGUUUCUCAAAAAUUCCGUCGAUAACAAUACUGCUGCAAACAUCAACCCUGAUGGAAAUCUUGUCAUUCCAUACAUCUAUUGGAUGGUUAUAAGUAUAAUACCAGUGGUUUUAGGCGCAGCACUUGUAACUUAUGUGGAGCCAAUCACUGCUGGUAGCGGCAUGCCCCAGGUAAAGAGCUAUCUGAACGGCGUAAAAAUUCCGCGAAUUGUACGCAUCAAAACUCUCUCUGUAAAAGCGGUUGGAGUGGUAACAGCCGUCGUUGGCGGUCUAGUGGGUGGAAAGGAAGGUCCAAUGGCACACGCAGGAGCAGUAGUGGCUGCGGGUAUUUCUCAAGGCAAAAGCACAACGUUUGUUAAGGACUUUCGCAUUUUCCGUGAUUUUCGGGAUGACCAUGAGAAACGUGAUUUUGUAUUGGGCGGCGCGGCGGCUGGUGUCGCUGCAGCUUUCGGGUCGCCAAUCGGAGGAAUGUUAUUCUCGCUGGAAGAAGCUGCUAGUUUUUGGAAUCAAAAUCUUAUUUGGCGUACGCUGGUUGCAUCCGUUAUAAGUUCAUUCACCCUAAACAUUGUACUAUCCGCCUACCACGGAUUAAAUAAUUUCACUUUUACUGGUCUCUUUAAUUUGGGAAAAUUCGAACAACCGCUAACUUUUGAAUAUUUCGAAUUGCCUAUAUUUAUGCUAUUCGGCGUAACGGGUGGCCUUAUGGGUGCCACGUGGAACUCGUAUAAUACACAUAUCAAUCGAUUUCGAAAACGUUUCAUUAAAUACAAAGUUGCGCGAAUCAUUGAAGCAGCUCUCGUCGCGUUGGUUGGUGUGACGUUGGCAUGCAUUAUGAUAUUUUUCAUAAAUGACUGUCGGCCACUAGGAAAUGAUCCCACUGACUAUCCAGUGCAAUUAUUCUGCGAGGACAAUGAAUAUAACGCCGUAGCGGCACUUUGGUUCCAAACACCAGAGGCGACGGUGCGUUCCUUGUUUCACGAUCCACCAGGCUCCCAUAAGAUCUUGACACUAACCGUGUUUACACUAGUAUAUUACUUUCUCUCCUGUGUUACUUUCGGUCUAAAUGUGUCGCUUGGUAUAUUUAUACCAACAGGUUUAGUUGGAGCUGCAUGGGGUCGUUUGGUUGCCAUGAUUAUAUUCUACAUUUUUCCUGAAGCUACCUUUCUAAGCCCCGGUAAGUACGCACUAAUCGGCGCGGCCGCAAACUUGGGUGGUGUGCUGCGCAUGACCAUCAGCCUUUCGGUCAUACUUAUGGAAACAACGGGAAUCGAAACAUCAUUCUUUUUCCCCUUAAUUGUAACUUUGAUUAGUGCAAAGUGGGUAGGCGAUUACUUUACAGAGGGCAUCUACGAUAUACAAAUUAAAAUGAGUGGUGUACCAGUAUUGCCAUGGGAACUUCCACCUAAAUAUGAGGGGCUUAAUGCAUCACAGUUAAUGAGUUCACCUGUAGUCUGUAUUAAAAAAUGUGACAGCGCCAAUUAUAUCUACAAAAUACUGCGACGUUGCAAGCACAAUGGCUUUCCAGUUGUAGAGGAUGUACAGGGCAAUAAUCGCGAAAAUGGACGUGUCUGUGGUAUAGUUUUGCGUUCGCAACUGAUUGUGAUUUUACUGAAUUCGUUGUAUGAGGAAAAGAAGCAAUUUUGGGAGAAAGCAAUUUCAAUAGAAACAUUUAGAAAUGUUUAUCCACGCUAUCCGUCCAUCGAUAGCGUACGUAUGCGACCUGAAAAACAAAACUACACUGUGAAUCUGGAGAUAUUCAUGAAUCCCUCACCCGUGCGCGUUAGCGAAAAUGACUCGGCGUCUAAGAUAUUCAAGAAAUUUCGCGCACUUGGCUUGCGGCAUAUGAUUGUGAUUGAUAAAGAAAAUCGCGUUGUUGGUAUUAUUACGCGCAAAGAUUUUCUAUACAAAUAUUGAAUGCUUGCAAUAUAUGAGCCGUUUAUUUUGAAAGUGCAAUAAGUCACAUCGUACCCUUGUGCUUCAAUAACCGUAUUCUUGUAACCGAGUGCAUCUCUAAAUCGCUCUAUCGUCAUAAACUAACGACAACACCUUCUACCUUUGGUUGAUGAAGUUGAACGAAUUGCCGUCGCAUUCAGACACAAGUAACCAGAGGUAAUUUAAGCACAAGAGUUGUGAAGUGACUUAUGCCACUUACAAAAUAAACGGCUCAUAUACAUAAAUAUGUUUCUAAGUAUGCGCCUAGAAUGCUAAGAUUUUAUGAUUUUAAUCAUCACUUCGAAUGUUAAAUUAGUCGUGUUAUAUUUUAUUCAUUAAGUUUCAUAUGCAUAUAGUGAUGGUGUGAGGUAUUUUGAAUUUGUGUAAAGAAACCCAACAAAGAUAUGUGUUAGGGGUCUUCAUCAAAAGUGAUAAACUGCUGAUAAACUUGAUAAAAUGAUAAAUUUCCAAUUUUGAUACAUGAAAUGUCAAAAAUUGUAUGGGAAUCUAUUUAACCAAAAUUUAUCACUUCAUCAAACGUUUUUGGUGGAUAAAUGCAUAAAUUUCAGCAAAAAUCCACCCUGGCAGGUUGCCACAUUGUCCCUUUUACUACGAACACA